UAUUUUAUUUUUAUUUUUUUUCUCAAGAAAACAAAAACAAAGACAAUCACUCACUACUACAACUCCAGAAGAGAGAAGAAAACAAACAAGAGAGGGGGGUACUUGUUUCUUCUUCGUCAUUCUCACGAAUUCGUCAUCUCAUCUGGGUUCUCUCAAAUUCUCUUCCUUUCUGGUUGCAAAGUGCAAACCAGAUUUGUUUUGUACUCAACUCUCUCUCUCUCUCUCUCUCUCUUCUUUCUUCUUUCUCAUUCUUCAUGAUUUCUCCUUUUGGGUGUGGUUUGGGGGCUUCAAUCAUGUGUUUAUGAUGUUGAAUUAUUAAAUCUAUAAUUGAGAGAAAACCUUUCUUUUUUGACCGUUGAAUAAAAGGCAAAGAGAGGAAGAAGAAGAAGAGGGAAAAGAUUGUGUCUUUGUGAGAUUAAGACAUACGUUUAUGCUCUGUCUUUUAGCUCUCCUUUUGUUUACCAUCAAUGUUGCACUAAAACUGUUAGUUAGAGAGAGAGAGAGAGAGAAAGAGAGAGUUUCUGUAACAAAAAAUUGAUUCUUUUCUUUAGAUUCUUUGUUAAAAAAAAAAUGCCGAUGUUUCAGCCGUUGAAGAGAGAUGGGUUAGUUGGAUUCGAAGGGGGUGGUGACGGGCAAGUCUUAGAUCUAGACACGGCGGUGAAAGACGGACUUCUCGGCGGAGUUAACGGCGGUGGCGUUCCCGACGAGAAGCUAGAUCUGAAAACCAUGAUAAAGGAGCUGGAUUUACAAGACAUACCCUCUGUUUUCAUCUGCCCUAUCUCCCUCGAGCCGAUGCAAGAUCCCGUCACCUUGUGCACCGGUCAAACCUACGAGAGGUCCAACAUCCACAGAUGGUUCAGCCUCGGCCACUUGACUUGUCCCACCACAAUGCAGGAGCUUUGGGACGACGCGGUGACUCCCAACAGGACGCUUCACCAUCUGAUCUACACUUGGUUCUCUCAGAAGUACGUGUUGAUGAAGAAACGCUCCGAGGAUGUUCAAGGGAGAGCCAUUGAGGUUCUCGGGACGUUGAGGAAAGCGAAAGGGCAAGGUAGGGUUCAUGCGUUGAGCGAGCUUAAGCAGAUCGUUGUGGCUCAUCUCAUGGCGAGGAAGACUGUUGUUGAAGAAGGAGGCGUCUCUCUCAUCUCUUCUCUGUUAGGUCCUUUCACUUCCCACGCUGUUGGAUCCGAGGUUGUUGCGAUUCUCGUGAGUCUUGAUCUUGAUUCCGAUUCCAAGUCCGGGCUGAUGCAGCCCGCUAAGGUUUCUCUGAUCGUUGAUAUGUUGAACGAUGGAUCGAACGAGACUAAAGUGAACUGCGUUAGGUUGAUAAGAGGGUUGGUGGAGGAGAAAGGGUUUAGGCCGGAGCUGGUUUCGAGUCAUAGUCUGCUUGUUGGUUUAAUGAGAUUGGUUAAGGAUAAAAGACAUAGGUACGGUGUGUCUCCUGCGCUUGGUUUGCUCAAACCGAUCUCUGCUCAUAAACAAGUUCGUAGCUUGAUGGUUAGAGUGGGUGCAGUGCCUCAAUUAGUCGACGUGUUACCGUCUUUAGACCCGGAUUGUCUGGAAUCAGCUCUGUUUGUGCUUGAUGCUUUGUGUUCGGACAUGGAAGGAAGGGUUGCUGUCAAGGACUCUGCAAACACCAUUCCUUACACUGUUAAGGUGCUGAUGAGGGUUACUGAGAGUUGCACUAACUACGCGCUGUCGAUUCUUUGGUCUGUCUGUAAGUUGGCUCCUGAGGAAUGUUCACCUCUUGCUGUAGAGGUGGGUCUUGCCGCAAAGCUGUUGCUCGUGAUUCAGAGCGGGUGUGAUCCGGCGCUGAAGCAGAGGUCAGCUGAGCUACUCAAGCUUUGUAGUCUACAUUAUUCAGACACCAUGUUUAUUUCCAAAUGCAGACUCACAAGGACAAUCCAAUAGCGUAAAGUUUAUAUCCUUGGCACUGAUGAUACCAAUGAAACAGUAUGUGCGAGUCUGCCCCUGGCCUGAUGUAUAUACAUAAGAUGGAUAGUUUGAAGAUUCAGCUAUUGGUAUGACAAUCAAUAACAAUUCAAAGGGGGAAAGCAAGAAAUCUGAAGAUUGAACACACAUGGUAAAAGAAGCUGAGCCGGUUAAGGAUGGGUUUGUAACGGUUUAAUGAUGGUUCGGUUUGCAAUAAACAAUGGGGGGUUAGCAAAUCUGUGUAAAGUUACUGCCUUUGAUUACGUUAUUGUUGUUACUACCUCUCUACUUGGGUCCUUGUGAGAGGUUGUUUUGCUUUUUGACCAACUCAAAACAGAAAGAGAAAAAAAAAGAAAGAAGCAAUAUCUUUUGACCUGAA